ACCGGUGCUACUCUUUAGCUCUCUCACCGAUUCACACAAACCAGACCAACCAAGCACACAAAAAUGGCGACUACUUUCACAGGAGUCCCCGGUGAGCCAACCCAGACCGGAACAGCCAUGCUCGAAACCGCAACCGCCGCCAUCCAAGACUUCGGCCCCGUCAACAAGGUCCACCAGCACCUCUGCGCCUUCCACUUCUACGCGCACGACAUGACACGUCAGGUCGAAGCUCACCAUUACUGCGCGCACCAGAAUGAGGAGGUGCGUCAGUGCCUAAUCUACGACAGCCCCGAGGCCGAUGCUAAGCUCAUCGGCCUCGAGUACCUCGUCUCGGAGAGACUCUUCUUGACUCUCCCCGAUGAUGAGAAGAAGCUGUGGCACUCUCACGAGUAUGAGGUCAAGAGUGGGGUUUUGUUCAUGCCCGGUUUGCCGGGUCCGAUCCAGCGUCAGGAUCUGGACAAGGUUUGUAAGACCUAUGGGAAGGUGUUCCAUUUCUGGCAGGUUGAUAGGGGCGACAUUCUACCUCUUGGGGUACCACAGGUUAUGAUGGCACUGACUAGGGAUGGUCAGCUGUAUGAAGAUCUCGCUCGAAAUGUGGAGAAGAGGUUUGGGGUAUCCUUUGAGAAGGAGAGGGAGCACCGAGCUUAUAUGACGGGGCCGAAUCUCGGAGUGCAUCCUUUAGCAAACGGAGGGGGGAAGGGGUUGAAGACGGAGUUGAGGGAGGUGGAUGUUCGGCCUGUCGAUUCUGUUCCGAGGGUCUUUGUUUGAGUAAAAACUUGUGUGGAUGGAUGGCUCUAUAUAGUGAAAAGUCUGAAUCAGCCUGUCGAGACUUGAGAGUACUAACUAGCUAGUUGCACUUGUACGCAAGUUUGUGCAUAGACCUAUAUUUGCAUGUUCAAUAUAUGUACGUCUAUAAUGUAUGUAUGUUUAUACA